AUGUACACCGCGCUCUGCCGCAAGCGCCUAAGGGGACUUGUAGAUUGUUGCUACUACCACAGAAACAUAUACCGCUGUAGAGACUACCAGGAGCUACUUCCAGAGCUGAUAUAUCCAACGCACGGCAGGUCUGCAGCGCGGGAGGGAAAGAGGAACCAGGAAUCGGACGUCAAUUGGGUAGUGAUACCAGCCCCAUACGACAAGGAUGGCGAUUACGCGGUCCGCCAGCGCGGCAGCCGCGAGGACAGGCGCCUCAUCAAAGAAGCCCUUGGAGAGCUCGUUAGAGCGAAGCAAUCUCGCCAGCGAGGAGCCGGACAAGUCGAACAAAAAGGAGUCCUCGUCGAUCACAACCGCGCAAGCAAGAGGAAGCAAAACCUCGAGUGCGGAGAACCAAGCCAAGGCGGCAGCAGCCAGCGCGACAUCCAGAGCAGCAUCUACAGCAUCAACGGAAGAGAGAGUGCUGCGCAGAUCGCCAGCCGGCUCAACGGCGAGCAAGGCGACGGUGAAGAAGAAGCUUGGGGCGACCUCAAGGCCGCUCGCGCCGAAAGCGGAGAAGGUCGUCAAACGAAGCGGCAAAAGGUCGCAGAUGGUAAAGAAGAGAAAGGACACGUCCGAGGAGAAUCCCAGAAAGAUAUCCCGGACGUCAACGUCGGAGACUGUGAAGGCUCCGGCCCCGGAGGAGACGUCCCAAAGAGCAACGGCUCCGAUAGCGAAAGCAACCACGAGAAAGACCACAGCUCUGGCGACGAAGACGUCGGAACAGAAGAAGUCCUCAGGUACCCCACUGAUUCUGAAGCCGAAGAAGACGAUAGGGAGGAAAGUGACCAAAGCGACGACGACGACAAGAGCACUGAAACAGACAGUAGCGACGAAAGCAGCGAGGACAGCGAAGGUGAUGAAGCCAGUCACGAAGAGCCCAAGUCUCCAGCGCUGAGAUUCCCAUCACCUCAGACCCCACCGCCAAAACCUCGAGUCAGGCUCGGUCUCCCCUCCCGCAAACCCCCCACCAGCGCGACCAGCCCCCGCAGAACGGCCAAGGUCCUCUCCCUCAGCCGCUCCCCCAUUGCGAAGCGCCCCAUCCGGAGCAGAAGCGCGCCCCUCUCCCGCAUCACCACUCAUUCUCCCUUUACCCGCCACCCCGACUCUCCACCAACCCCCUACACAGCAACCUUCCCCCUUUCGCCAUUUCCUCCUGCCUCCUUCCACCACCUUAACCCCCUCCCUCCUCACCUCCGACACUUCUGCCGCGCAAAAACGCCCCUCUCCGCAAAACUGAACCGCCUCCCCCCAACCCGAUGUGGCCGCGGCCCGUUCAGCCCGCUCUGGCCCGCUACGGCCCCCACACCACGCGUCGCGCCGUGCGUCUGGGUGCCCAGGGCCGGGCAGGAGCGGCCGUAUACGGCGGGGCCGGCGCUGAGGGCCCAGGUAUUGCGGACAACGCCGGUGGGGAGGAGGCCGUUAGGGCUCAGGACAUCGACGGCGGACGAACCUGAGAAUGGGGUGGGAAGGUUGGAGGGUUUGCCAUCUAAGUCGCCUGGAUGCACGGCGGGGGGGCCGGAGGGGGAGGAAGUGCUAGGUUCGCUUGAGUCGCCGUACGGCUCUGGUAUCAGUCCGACUGAGGUCGUGGGAUGGAAGGGGGGACGGAGGACGGGGUUUAGUCCUAUGGGGAACUAUGUUAGGUUUUUGGAGCCGAGGAGUCCCGGGAAGAGCGCUUGGAGUCCGAAGUUGAGGGAUGUUGAUGAGACGAGGGCGUUGGUGCUUGAAUAG